ACCUUCUCUCCUCCCACGCGUUCAACAACCCGCUGCUGCCGCUUCUGUUCUCAGUGAGUUCACUUCUUCUUCUGCCAUUUCUUUGUGGAUAACGAAAUCUGCUCUGGGCAUAUCAUCGCUUCAACAACUGUUACUUUCUGUGACUACUCCAUCUCUCACAGCUGGCCCAAACAACAAUCAUGGUCCAAGCUAAGACAUGGAGCCUGACCAAGCACUUUGACGGCUUCCCGAAGGACAGCGACCUUGAGCUCAAGGUGGAGGAGCUCCCUCUGAUCAAACUUUCUGAACAACCUCAAAACAACUCUCUUGAACACACAUGUUUUCUGUUUUUGCAAACUUUAAAAGCUCACUGCCACCAUGGACGGAAGUUGGACGAGGCGAGACACUUAAUUGACAGAUGCUUUCUUUCUUCUUCUGUUGUUUUGUUUUUCUGUAGAGUGAUUCAAAGUAAUAACCCAGCAUUUCCUGUGGGAAGCCAUGUUAUUGGUCGUUGUGGCUGGAGAACCCACACAGUCUGUGACGGGACUGACCUCAUUCCCAUCAUGCCUGACUGGCCGCAAGACGAGGCCUUCAACUACAAGACUGUUGGCUCCCUGGAGGAGACACUGAAGAAAGCUUCUCCAGACGGAUAUGACUGCUUCUUUGAAAAUGUGGGAGGUCCUUCCUCAAGUGUUGCCUUGCAACAGAUGAAGAAUUUUGGAAGAAUCGCCGUGUGUGGAGCUAUUUCCACCUACAAUGACACCACGCCUCAAACAGGUGGCAAACUGCAGUGUCGGGAGCACAUCACACAAGGCUUUGAGAAGAUGCCAGCUGCUUUCAUGGGGAUACUGAAGGGAGAAAACGUCGGCAAGGCUAUUGUCGCAAUCUGAUGUGGAUCAAAGAAGAAGAAUCUGUAUUAUUAAUUACUGACGCGUUAUUACAGAAUUCAUACAUGAAGGAUUUAACAAUAAACACUUACAA